AGGAGGAGCCGCCGCUGCAGAAGCCGCGGGUUUGAUUCCCAGCUAACGAGCUAACGAGGCUAGCAGGGUUUGAUGGGGGGUUUCUGAUGCUCUGGCCUGUAAAGCGGAUCAGCAUGAACCUGGAGCGGCUCAGGAAGCGGGUCCGGCAGUACCUGGACCAGCAACAAUAUCAAAGUGCGCUGUUCUGGGCGGAUAAAGUCGCCUCGCUGUCCCACGAGGAGCCCCAGGACGUGUACUGGCUGGCCCAGUGCCUCUAUCUCACCUCCCAGUACCACCGAGCCUCGCACGCCCUGCGCUCACGCAAGCUGGACAAGCUUUACGGGGCGUGUCAGUAUCUCGCUGCUCGGUGCCACUACGCUGCCAAAGAGUUCCAGCAGGCCUUGGACAUCCUGGACGCCGAGGAUCCCGUCAGCAAGAAGCUGCUGGAGGGAAGUGUGAGGGAGGACGGGACGGAGCCGGCCAAGGACUGGGACAUGUCCCCGGCCUCGAUCAGCAGCUCCAUCUGUCUCCUGAGGGGUAAGAUCUACGAUGCCAUGGACAACCGUCCUCUGGCCACGUCCAGCUACAAAGAGGCGUUGAAACUAGACGUGUACUGCUUUGAGGCCUUCGACCUGCUCACGUCACACCACAUGCUGACGGCGCAGGAAGAGAAAGAUUUCCUGGACUCUCUCCCUCUCAGUCAGCAAUGCACCGACGAGGAGGAGGAAUUGUUACACUUCCUGUUUGAGAACAAGUUAAAGAAGUACAACAAGCCCAGUGACCUGGUGGUUCCGGAGAUGGUGACGGGUCUGCAGGAGAACCUGGACGUGGUGGUUUCUCUGGCUGAGAGACACUACUACAACUGUGACUUCAAGAUGUGCUACAAGCUAACCUCCAUGGUGAUGGUGAAGGAUCCCUUCCACGCCAACUGCUUACCGGUUCACAUCGGAACGCUGGUGGAGCUGGGGAAAGCCAACGAACUGUUUUACCUCUCACACAAACUGGUAGACUUGUAUCCAAACAACCCGGUGUCCUGGUUUGCCGUCGGCUGCUACUACCUGAUGGUCGGACAUAAGAACGAACACGCUCGCCGUUACCUCAGCAAGGCCACCACGCUGGAGCGGACCUACGGCCCCGCCUGGAUCGCCUACGGACACUCGUUUGCCGUGGAGAGCGAGCACGACCAGGCCAUGGCGGCGUACUUCACCGCCGCCCAGCUCAUGAAGGGGUGUCACCUGCCCAUGCUGUACAUCGGGCUGGAGUACGGACUCACCAACAACUCCAAGCUGGCCGAGCGUUUCUUCAGCCAGGCCCUGAGCAUCGCCCCCGAGGACCCGUUUGUCAUCCACGAGAUGGCCGUGGUGGCGUUCCAGAACGGAGACUGGAAGACGGCAGAGCGGUGUUUCCUGGACGCCAUGGAGAAGAUCAAGGCCAUAGGAAACGAGGUCACCGUGGACAAGUGGGAGCCGCUGCUGAACAACCUGGGACACGUGUGCAGGAAGUUAAAGAAGUACGAGCAGGCCCUGGAGUUCCACCGCCAGGCGCUGGUGCUGAUCCCCCAGCACGCCUCCACCUACGCUGCUAUCGGAUACGUGCACAGCCUCAUGGGAGACUUUGAGAGUGCUAUUGAUUAUUUUCACACGGCUCUGGGCCUGAAGAGAGACGACACGUUCUCCGUGACGAUGCUGGGACACUGUAUCGAGAUGUACAUCGGAGACACGGACGCCUAUAUAGGCACCGACAUCAACGACAAGGUCCGGUCCAACCUGAACACGCCGGCGCUGAUGAAGAUGCUGAACUCGGAGCAGAGCGAGCUGACGGCCACGCCGCGGGCCGAGGACGGCGGCGCGGCGGAGACGGAGACGGCGCUGGAGACGCCGUCGGAGACGCAGCCGGAGACGCCGGCGUCCAGCCAGGACAAGAUGCUGCUGGAGACGCCGCUGCGGCUGUCGCUCACGCUGGAGUGUGACAUGUACGAGAGCGACAUGAUGCUGGACACGCUGUCCGACGCCAGCACGUGAUGGGGGGGUUUCCUGGGGGGGGGGACCUCCCCGUGACCCCCGUGACCCCUGGGGGGCCCUGACCCCUGCAGGUCGUCACCCUCAUAGACAUAUAUACGUAGACGCCCCAUCGAGCCCUGAGCCGUACGUCAACGUCGCCGCCAUAUUGGAUGUUCAAGACUGUAAACUAAUACAAGUAAAUGGACUUAUUUUCAUAAAGCGCCUUUCUACAAAGAAAUGUACGUUUUACGUCUCAUUUAUUCAUUCACACACGCACUAAUAUACUUGGGAAACAGUUAGACACCAAAUAUAAUAUAUUUAAUUUUCUCAGAUGGCAAAAAUAAGAACUUUAUUGAUCCCACAUAGGAGUAAUUCAUGUUAUA